GCUGCAGUCCUGCCCUCCGCCAUCCGCCAUCACCGCAGACCUUGACUCCAGGAGGCCCCCAUCUCCUUCUCCAUCCGCCCCGCCUACGAUACCCCCUCCAUCCACCUCCGCCCACCUGCACGCCCACGCUGCAUCCCCUCCGUUUGGCACUGGGACUGAUAUCGCCCUCGUCUCCGUCUCUAUGGCUUCUCAAGCUCCCAACCAGCCGCGCCCGUACCCCGGCAGCUACCUCCCCAACGGCGGCGCUCCCUCUGGCCCCGUGCCCGGAGCUGUCCCGCUGCUCCCCAACCAGGGCCGCGUGAUACAACAAGGCAGCGUCCGAGUGCUAUGCAUUGCGGACGUGCGAGGCAACCUUCAGUCGCUCAACCAGCUCGCCGCCGAUGCACGAGCAAACUACAUCAUCCACACCGGCGAUUUCGGCUUCUACGAUGACCGCUCUCUCGACCGCAUUGCGGAGAAGACCCUGAAACACGUCGCCCAAUAUUCGCCGCUGCUGUCCGACGCCGUCAAGCGCUCCAUCGCCUCCGCGCCGCCGCAGCCCCCAAUCAAGGAACGCUUCCACCGCGAGAGCCUGCCCCUCUCCGAACUACCCCUCUUCCUCAACAAGACAUACACUCUGAACAUCCCCGUGUACACAGUGUGGGGAGCCUGCGAGGAUGUUCAGGUCCUGGAGAAGCUGCGCUCCGGCGAGUACAAGAUCGAUAACCUCCACAUCAUAGACGAGGCGCACUCGCGGUUGCUCGAAGUUGGCGGCGUGAAGCUCCGUCUCCUGGGUCUCGGCGGCGCCGUGGUCAUGCACAAGCUGUUCGACAAUGGUGAAGGCAGAACGACGAUUGCGGGUGGACAGGGGACCAUGUGGACCACCCUGCUACAGAUGGGCGAGCUUGUGGAUACAGCAAACCGCGUAUACGACCCGACUGAGACCCGCAUAUUCGUCACACACGCUUCGCCAGCGCGCGAAGGCCUGCUGAACCAGCUGUCCGUCACACUGAAAGCGGAUUUCUCCAUCUCGGCCGGCCUACACUUCCGAUACGGUAGCUCCUAUAACGAGUUCAGCGUCAAUCCGACGCUGGACCACUAUCGAGGCAAGCUCGCUGCGUCUAAGGCAUCAUUCAACGAUGUGUGGGACACCGUCAAGACCGAGGUCGAACCUGCAGUCGCAGACAGCGACUCGCAGCAACGCCUGUUGAACCUGGCUCUGGAGAUCGUCAACAAGAUGCCCACUGUCGCUAACGGCGGCAAUCCUUUCGGCGGUCCAGCUCCUGGUCCCCAAAGCGGCGUCAUCGAUGAGAGUGCCUUCAAGAACAUGUGGAACUUCAAUCUGGCUGAUGCAGCCUACGGAUGGCUGGUCUUGGACAUUGACAAUGGCAGGAUUGGUACUGAGAUGAGAGCCCAAGGCUUUAACUUUGCCCAUAGGGGAGGUAAAGUUGCCCCGCCAGCCCAAGCCGCACAACCACUAGCUGGCGGCCCAAUCGCAGCUCCUCCAGCAACUGCUCCUAGCCCAGCAGCGCAGCCCUCUCCGGCUCAGGCUCGCCCAGCUGCUCCGCCUUCAGGUACUCCGCAGCAAGCCCGCCAAGCCACUGCCACUCCGCCCGUCCCGCAACAGCAACAGCAGAUGAAGCCUGCCCAGCCGGCGCGGACUGGCCCAUCUCCGGUCCCGGUAACGCCAAAGGACCCCAUCAAACCGGCCACCCCACAGCCUAGCGCUUCGGGUGGACCUGUAAAUGCUGCCGCGGAGAAGGCCAUCCCCAGCGAGGUGAAACCGAAUGGCACGGCUGCACCCGAGAAGACCCCAGCAUCGCCAGCACCCAAGGAGCCCCAAGAGCGCAAGGAGAGCAAGGCCCUCUUCAUCAUCAACGUCAAGGAUGAAGAGGAGGCCAAGAACCUGCUUGCCGAUGAGGACAAGCCAAAGUGCGAGAAGGUCGAGAAAAUUAAGCAUUUCUUCGUCGCCCACUUCGCCACGCCCGCCGAUAUGAGUGCCGCUCUUAACCGCGUAUCCUCGGAAUAUAGGAACUCCAAGGGCCCAGACAAGCCAAGUGUCAAGGUCUACCGUGAGCCUUCGAGUGGUCCUAGGUACGGCGCUGGCAACUGGCAGGCCAGCAGUCGAGGUGGCGUUCAAGGCGGAUACCGUAGCGGAGGUGCCUCGGACAGCGAAGGUGGUCGUGGAGGCCGUGGUGGGCGAGGCGGAUCCUACCGGGGCGACCGAGGCGAUCGCGGAGGUCAGCGUGGACGAGGCGGGCGCGGAAGGGGUUUCAAUCGAGGAGGACAGGGCGAAGGUGCUGCGGCAGCACCUACGGGAGGCGAGUCAUAAACCCAUGACUUAUUCCUAUGCCCUUGUCCUCUCUGAUACCCUUUCUUUGUUGCAGCUGACCCGAGGAACAGCGCGGCCUCGGACGAGUUGGCGGCGAAGUUCUCCACGACGCAUGUCGCGGCUUUCUCCGCGGCUCAAGCUCCCCCGUUCCGACUGAUUCCUUCUACUUUUCGCUUCAACGGGCGAUUGUCCCUUGUCAUAGCAGGCGCCGGUCGUGUUUCCUUUUCUCUCUCGGUUCGUUAAUCUCAACAAGUGCGCGGGUGACGGUUGGCGAAACGGCGGGCUGAUCGAUUCGGCUUUUGAUGCUCUAAUGGUCGUCACCGAGGCUCACUCUAACGAUCUUCUUUUCUCAGUUUCCUCCCUCUCGACUAGGGCGGGCCUCCCGUCUAGAUGUACACAGCGUAUAUAGGCUGGGGAUGGG